UUUGAUUUUGGUACCUUCUUCCGGUUUCUACUCUGUUUUGAUCUCCUGUCUUCCACGCUCGCGUUUAAGAUGUUGAUGUUUUGUCCGAUCUGCGCUAACGUGCUUGUCGUGGAAGAAGGUCCAAAAUGUUAUCGGCUGGCAUGCAAUACAUGUCCUUACAUUAAAAAUAUGACCAGAAAGCUGUCAUCAAGACGUUACCCACGCCUGAAAGAAGUUGAUGAUGUACUAGGAGGAGCUGCAGCCUGGGAAAAUGUUGAUUCCACAGAGACAACGUGUCCAAAGUGUGAACACAAGCGUGCAUUCUUCAUGCAAAUUCAGACUAGGUCUGCAGAUGAACCAAUGACAACGUUCUACAAAUGCUGUAAUAUGGAGUGUGGUCAUCGAUGGAAAGAAUGAAAUAAUUGAAACUGUAGCAGUGAAUUCUUUGUGUGUGAUAACUUUUCGGUAUCUUUCACAGCAUCCUUAUUAAAUGAUAGCCUUACCCAAUAUGUUGAAAUGCUUGGCAUUAGGCUUCCAAAUAUAACUUGAAAAUGAUCAUUUAAUUUGGCUUCCUUAGCAUUUCAUCUCUCUAUGAUCUCUGAAUUAGUGUAUUAGAAAUAAAGCCAGCAUUAUUGAAAAGUUAAUUAACCCUCUUCUUUUUUUGUGUCCCCAAAUUAUGGCAUGUUGCUGCUUUCACUUUCCUUGUUAAUUUAAGAACAGGUAUAAAAAUAAUUUCAGAUUUUUCUGGGAAGUAAUUACUCAAUGUUUUAUGGCUGUUGAUUUUCGGAGUUUGCUAGAGAGACAACCAUACUCUUGUGAGUUGAAGGAGGAUGGAUACAUGAGUGAAUAAAUGUGUGUAAAUAGUUAUGCAAGUUUGUCAAAAUUGUGUUAACACAUAAAUGUUAGAAAUAAUCCAUUGAUAUUAACAUAAUUUUGACUAACCCUGUAUAUGUAUAUCAAAGAAUAUGGGACGAUAGCAUCUUUGUACAGUGUUUUAUUUGAAAAAUGUAAAAUCUGUAAUAAAACAAAAACAAUA